AUGACACGCCACUGGAUGGUGGCUCAAGCAACGCGAGUAGCGGAGCCCAGUGAUCCAAAGGGACAAGGACCUUUGGUGAGGGCUCCAGGUUUCCAGGUCAUGUGGACCUUCAUGGCGUCGUUGAUGCUGAUGGCAGCUGAUGGUGGUGGCAAUGGUGAACUUGGGGCGCUUGGCAUGGCUGAGUCCUUUGUGAACAUGCCUGAGGAACCCGAGGCUGGAGAACACCACAUGUGGAGCUGCAGAAAAUUCGGGGCCUAUGACUUAGGCGAUGUUGGACAUCAAGGAGAAGGUCAACAAGGAGCCGGCAUGUGGUACAGUCAGGGCAUUGGAGAAACCUGGAACUUGGUGAACAUGAAAGAGCCCAAUGACAAGCACGGCAAUUUGAACCACUUCUUGGAGAUGAAUGAGUAUGACAUGAUGGACUAUGGGAAGCAACACUUGGUGAUCAACGAGUUCAAGGUCUUCGAUGGAGCAUGGUUCUUGGAGAACAUUGACUACAAGCUUGGCUUUGCACAUUGCUUGGACUUCAUCGACCUCAAGAUCUUCGAGCAUCACUACAUGAACAACUUCGUGGACAAUGUCUUCAAUGGUUGGCAGUGCUUGGUGAAGUAUGUCUUCAAGGUCAUUAUCUUCAUCCUACGUCGUGGUUAUUUGGCAUUCUGGCUUGACGCGGCUUGCAGCGAUGUGUCUUUGCAGUUUCUCCUGGACAAGCUCUACAAGCAGAACAGUGGCAAGCAUGGCUAUGAGCUGGAUGGCAUCUAUGCCAAUGGCGCUAGCACAAGAGCUACUAGGCAAGGAGUUGCAGUUUGGUUUGAUGGCAGUCAUCUUGGUUUGCAUCACAUGGUUUCUGGCAUUGAUGAACAGAAAUUGGAUGAGCAGUCAAUGGAUGAAAACAUGUCAGACUUCACGAGUGACACGUUUAGAGAAGAGAUGUGCUGGCAGAAAGCGUUGCAGUGA